AUGUCGAAUAGUGAGGAAGUUACCUCUCAAAAUAUUGGGCCUCACUCAACCCAGCCCAAUGAAGCCCAUAAACUUGAUGGAAAAAAUUAUUUACAAUGGGCCCAAUCUGUCAAACUUUUUAUUUGUGGUCGUGGUAAACUAGGAUACAUUACUGGUGAUCUCCCUGCACCUCUUUUCAAUGAUCCUACAUACAAGGAGCUCGAUUUGUAUCUGGAUACCACACCACUAUGUGCUAACUGCACUACAAUCCAGCGGCAGCAGUUAGAGAAAGAACGAGUUUUUGAAUUUCUUACGGGGUUAAACAAUAAUCUUGAUGAAGUUAGAGGUUGUCUGGUGGGUCGUGCCCCAUUUCCUGACACUGAAGAAGCACGUCGUCGUGUCAUGCUCACUACUCCUGACCUGCAGCCCAUUGAAAGCUCAGCUCUCGUAUCAAAAUCUGGCCCUCCACCACUUGGCAGAUCCACUCCUGACCCUCGACCUAAUCAUAAGGGUGAUCAGCCUUGGUGUGAUCACUGCCAACGUCACGGUCAUACUCGAUCUACUUGUUGGGUUAUCCAUGGUAAACCACCCAAUUGGACCCCUCGCCGUCAAAAUGAAAGAAAGGCCUAUCAAACUCAAACUGAGAGCACCAAUGAUCAGAAUAGUGCUGGUACCCCUUCAUUCAAUAAGGAACAACUUGCCCACCUAUACACUCUUUUGAGUCAAUCAUCCAUAAACCCCAGUUCCGGUCCUGAGACUCAUAGUGCCUCUGUUGCACACUCUGGUAAUUUUUCUUCCACCUCCAACACACCAUGGAUCAUCGAUUCGGGCGCCACUGAUCACAUGACAGGUUUACCACAUUUGUUUGAUACUUAUUCUCCAUGUUCCACUAAAUCUAGUGUCACAAUUGCAAACGGCACCCAUUCUCCUAUUGUUGGAAUAGGCACUAUUAAAUUAUCUGCUGACCUCAUUCUUAAAUCAGAUGUAUCAUCGGGGAGGAUGAUUGGCAGUGCUAGGGUUCGUAACGGACUUUAUUUCUUUGAAAGGCAACAUCCAGUUAACGAGCUCUCUUCUCUACUACGUUUGGGUUCAAGUUCUAUUUCUAAUUCUUGUUCCAGUUCAUCGUUUGUUUCAAACUCUCACACACGAAUUUUGUUCCCUCACAAAAAAUAUACACCUUCCAACCCAUUCUCUCUGAUUCAUAGUGACAUAUGGGGACCUUCCAAGGUCAAUACUUCUCAUGAACUUUCAUCAAAUGAUCCAAACACAAAUGGAGUUGCUGAACGCAAAAAUUGCCAUCUCUUAGAAGUAGCUCGUGCUCUUAUGUUCACUAUGCAUGUACCUAAACAUCUUUGGGGCGACGCCAUCCUUACUGCUGCUUAUCUCAUUAAUCGCCUCCCUAGUCGACCCCUUCAGUUCAAAACACCAUAUUCUGUUCUUCAAUCUCUACAUCCUCACAUCUCUACAAAUACUCUGCCUGUUAAAGUAUUUGGUUGCACUGCUUUUGUGCAUGUUCACUCCCACCAUCGGAGUAAAUUUGAUCCUAGAGCCAUUAAGACUGUGUUUUUGGGUUACUCUCCUACCCAAAAAGGUUAUCGGUGUUAUUGUCCCAUCGCCAAAAAAACAUUCAUCUCAUGUGACGACACAUUUUUCGAGGAUACUCCUUACUUCACUCCCACAUCGCUUCAGGGGGAGUCCAACCAUCACCAGCAAGAAGCUCAGUGGUCGUGGGGGUUAGAAUUACCCUUAACAACUUUUCCAUUUACCUCUUCCACUCCACUUUCUUCUGAACCAGAUAUCUAG